AGUUUGAUCAUGUAUGUCUCACCAGUGCGGCAGGGAUUAGAGAGUUAAACAAAUGGCACGUCAGCUCCGCUUGCAUUUCGCGUCAAGAAGAAGCAACACGGACCCCCUGUCUGAAAGCCUCAGCUGCCAUGGUGAAGAGAGCCUAGUCGGCGUGUCAGCGCACGACCCCGCAGAGAAUCUGGCGCACAGCUCUGUCCACUUGAAGGUGACUCCUCUGUCACCAGAGUUUGCCAACAGUCGGAGCUCUUCGGUGUUCAUAUCCAGGGUUAACUCUGGAGGCUGUAACAAGAAGAGCGUUGUGCAAAUCUCGUUGCAGCCAUGUGAAAAGCCAAGCGGAGAGUUGCAACGGAGUAUAGAAGAUGGAGACGCCGGUGUUGGGGACAGUGGAGCAGGUGUCUGCUCUGAUGGAAGCUCGUGCAACAGCAGCAUGGCCAGUGAUGCUGGGUACUGCAGCAGCAACAGCAUAUUUGAGCCAGAGCUUCCAGAAAAGCAGAGAGGCAACCAGGAGAGGACCGAGGUCUUCCACAGGUCCAAGGUCCCGCUACGGCGGUGCUCCUCCUUGGUUAUUAUUCCAAAGAGCCCAUGCAGCACUCCGCCUGCUUCUCCUGUAGGACCUGCGGCUCAAUUCACUCUGCCCCCAAUAAGAGGAUCUCAUCAGCCGUUUCUGCAGGCAUCUGCCAGUGAAUUCUUCCAAGCAGAUGAGGUAGUGACGAGUAAGGAGCCCAACGCCACUGCUUUAAGUGGCCACCAUCAGCCAAAAGGAAGCUACUCAUCCGAGUUUAGGGACUCAAAACACAUGGUGCACUUUAACAUCCCUUUAAAUGAUGAACCUAAAUGCAAACUGGAGGACAGGACUACAGGGAUUGAGCUGUCACCUAAUCUUCACUCUAGCAAAGUGAUGCUGCAUUUUGCCCACCAGAGACCAAUGGCAUCGGCAAAAAGAGCUGCAUCAGUGGCUUCAGUCAAUAGACAACAACCUGAUGCUCAUCACACAGCUAGACUCUCUGAAAGUCAAGAAGAAGCCCACAAAAAACUGUAUCGGAGUACCUCUGCUUGUUUAUUUUCCUCAGCUAAACAAACUGAGAAAAACAGUAAUGUCUCUUCAUCAGGGAAGGGUCAAGGGAAACACUGUCAUCAUGCCAUACAGAGGAGCUUCUCCCUUGAGGUGCCUUAUGCUAACCCUGGGAUUUCAUGUCACGUUUCAAACCCAAACCUCAGCAGCCCUCUUUCUCCACAUGUACACAUUCAUUUGUCUCCUUGCUGCCCCGCAAAAGUGCCCACUUCCCCUAAUGACUUUAAAGCGAAGCACAAAGGGAACAGAAAGACGCGUGAUGACUUUCUCGGACAGGUGGAUGUGCCCUUAAAUCAGAUACCGACAGAAAAUCCUAACUCACAAAGGCCAUACACAUUCAAGGAUUUUCUGCUCCAUCCACGAAGCCAUAAGUCCAGAGUCAAAGGUCAUCUGCGUCUUAAAAUGACCUACCUGCCGAAGAACUUGGGCUCAGAAGAAGAGACAGCAGAUCAGACAGAAGACUCGGAUCCUGGCUGGGAGCUUCUGGAUCAGGACACGUCAGGUCCCAGACAAAGCCAGCUGCUGCCUCCUGGCUGGGAGGAGCGGCAGGACAAUCUCGGAAGGAUCUACUUCGUCAACCAUGUGACCAGAACCACGCAGUGCCACCGACCCACAAUACAGGACAGCAAUGGGGAAAGUCACAGACAGCGGAAUAAUAACGUGGAUGUGGAACCGGCCUUCAUUACACGCAGACAGAUCUCAGACCAUGAUGAGAACGCCACCCCACAUGAGUCUCCAGAGAGCUGGGAGAUCAUUACAGAGGACGAAUCCACUUUGUAUCCCAGAAACCAUCAGCUCACAUCACCUUCGUCCCACGAGCCUCCAGUGUUCUCAUCAUUCAGCGACGAGAACAGAAACCUUCACGUUGAACGAUCCAUUGCUAGAGACCUCCGCAGUUCCCAUAAUAGUCACACAAGUAAUUCAAACCAUUCCGGCCUGAGAGAAAGUGCUCAGACCUCGGCAAGAGAGGAACAUCCAGUCAGUCCUGUGGUACUUCCAGCUACAGCUCAGUUGCCUCAAGACUGGGAGGAGAAGCGUGACGAUAAAGGAAGACGCUACUAUGUCAACCACAUCACCCGAACCACCACAUGGGUGCGACCAGUCAUUCAGAGAGCUCUAGAGGCAGCAGCAGAAACAGCACAGAAUGUAUCAGCUCUGCCUCAGAGCUCUAGCCCACCAUCUGUCAGACCAGGAGAGUCUUCUCAGCCCAGACCAAGCGCAGAGGCCACACCUGAGUUCGGCUCCAUGCCCAUGGGUUGGGAGGUGCGCAGCGCUCCAAAUGGGAGGCCUUUUUUUAUCGAUCAUAACACAAAGACGACCACCUGGGAUGAUCCCAGGCUUAGGAUUCCAGUGCACAUGAGGAGGACGGGCUCACUCGACCCCAAUGAUCUCGGCCCGCUGCCACCUGGUUGGGAGGAAAGGAUCCACAGUGAUGGGAGGGUAUUCUACAUAGAUCACAACACCAAGGCCACACAGUGGGAAGAUCCCAGAUUACAGAACUCAGCCAUAACUGGUCCAGCUGUGCCUUACUCUCGAGACUACAAACAGAAGUAUGAGUAUUUCAGAAAGAAGCUGAUCAAACCGGCCGACAUCCCAAACCGUUUCGAGCUGAAGCUGAAGCGAAAUUCGCUGCUGGAGGACUCCUACAGACGCAUCCUCGCAGUGAAGAGGCCACACCUGCUGAAGGCUCGACUGUGGGUGGAGUACGAGGGAGAAAAAGGUCUGGAUUAUGGUGGUGUGGCCAGAGAGUGGUUCUUCCUCAUGUCCAAGGAGAUGUUCAACCCGUACUAUGGGCUGUUUGAGUAUUCUGCCACAGACAACUACACGCUGCAGAUUAACCCGAACUCUGGUUUGUGUAAUGAAGACCACCUGACUUACUUCAAGUUCAUUGGUCGUGUGGCUGGCAUGGCGGUGUUUCAUGGUAAACUCCUUGAUGCUUUCUUCAUUCGGCCUUUCUACAAGAUGAUGCUGCAGAAGCCCAUUACUCUGCAGGACAUGGAGUCUGUUGACAGCGAGUACUUUAACUCCUUAAAGUGGAUUUUAGAGAAUGAUCCAGAAGAUUUGGACCUGAGUUUUGCCAUUGAUGAGGAGCUGUUUGGAGAGACUCACCAGCAUGACCUAAAACCCAACGGCUCAGAGAUUGUUGUCACCAAUGAAAACAAGAGGGAAUACAUCGACCUGGUGAUGCAGUGGAGGUUUGUGAACAGAGUACAGGAACAGAUGACAUCUUUCAAAGAGGGAUUCUUUGAGCUGAUCCCAAAGGAUCUGAUCAGGAUUUUUGAUGAAAAUGAGCUUGAGCUGCUAAUGUGUGGCCUUGGAGAUGUGGAUGUGAAUGACUGGAGGCAGAAUACCAAUUACAAGGGUGGUUACAGCGGUGACCACGUAGUGAUACAGUGGUUUUGGAAAACUGUACUGCUGAUGGAUGCAGAAAAGAGAAUCCGGCUCCUACAGUUUGUGACGGGAACAUCCAGAGUUCCAAUGAAUGGGUUUGCUGAACUCUAUGGGUCUAAUGGACCACAGCAGUUUACCAUCGAGCAAUGGGGCACAAGGGAUAAACUUCCCAGAGCUCAUACAUGCUUCAACCGCCUGGACCUUCCACCUUACGAGUCCUUCGAGGAGUUAAGGGAGAAGCUUAACAUCGCUAUUGAGAAUGCACAAGGCUUCGAUGGGGUAGAUUAAUGCGCGUGUUUGGAUGCGCAGAGCUGACAUUGCUGCAGUCAGAGUGUAUCUGACGAGGAUCUCAACUUGCCAGCAGUGUGACAGAUGAAGGAAAAUCACAUAGCCAACAUUCAGGCAACUGUUGGAGCACACAGGAGAAGAAAAGUGACAGAUAUUAUUAUAUCUGCAUUUUUAAAAGUUUACAAAUCAGAUUUUUUUAUCAGGAGUCACUCAGAGGCGCAUGUAUUUACUGUUGUUUGUUCUGCUUAAAUGUUCAGAUAUUUUUUAAAGAAAAGUUGAUUUUUGUGAGCUGAUAUGCAUAAAUACUGUGAAUGUGAUCUGUGAGAUUAUAAAUUCAUGCCUCUUUUAUUGAAAAUGUCUGAGACACUGGUUUGAAAUAAUCAAACCGCAUCCAGCUUUGAAGGGUACAGCCUGUAAAAGCCAUGUGAAAUUACCGAAAUGCAGCAAAUAUCAACAUCUUCACUCCUACCUGAGGAAAAUCUAUACCUAGAGAGAUGUCCUCAUUCUUUUUCUCAAUAGUUUUCUAAUGACACAGUCAGGCAUUAAUUUCCACCUAAAGGUACAUGAAACUCCAGCACAGCUUUAGCAAAAUGAAAAAGGGAAUGUCUGUUUAUUUUAGGCGUUUUCCACAGUAGAAACAUGGUGUCAGUCACUGCCAGCUAUACGGAUAAAUACUGCUUCUGUUAUAUGUUUUGGUCUUCAUCAGAGUCAGCGUUUUAACAGAGCUCAAACAUGUUAGGGGGAAUAUUUCAAUGAUAGAUUAAAAUAAAAAAUUUUCCCAGCUCCAUUUAAAUUUUUACUACUUCUUAAAUUGAAAAUCAACAAAGAUCUAUUAGAACGCAAUUAGCCACAAUAGAUUAUUCCUACAUUUUAAAAUGUCUCUGUAGGGGAUAACUGUGGCUUGAAAUGCUUUAUUGUGAAAAUCCUCUGUAAUGUUUUGAGUUGCUAUGUUUUUACAUGACAUUAGUUUAUUUUCUGUAUCUUAUAUUUUUUCAUUCCAGUAUUUCAGAUACACGGAGGCAUGGACCCUAAAGCCAUUUAUUGCGGACGCUGUUACAUACACAUUUGAGCGACAUCAGUUAUUCUAAAUGUGUCGGCGUAUAAAUAAAAUAUUAAGCUAGUGAUGUACGUGGACCAGUAAAAAGCUUCAGUAAUUAUUCUGUAGUCCACGGAAGAGAGGAAGUGACUGCAUGCAGUGUUGGAUUGUGCUGAAAUACUAUGCACUCUUGUAUAUAUUGAUGUAAGCCAAGAAUCUCUUAAUUUUGGAGUUUCUCCCACGUUGCAUAAAUGUAUUGUACAUGCAUAUAUAUAACUGUGCCUUCUACAUCUACUUGUAGCGUCCUUGUAUGCUAUAAAUAUGAUCAAUUCUGACGGCACCGACAGAAUCGAUGUAAAUUCACCUUUUAUCUCUGGGUGGUAGCUUUGCAUAAAUAUUUGCAAGCUGACCUUUAUCUGUUAAAUAGUUUUACUGCCUUUUUGUCUAGUGAUACUAUUGUUUUAUCACAAACUCAUUAGGGGUGUCUGAUUGCAGCUCUGUGCUCUAUUUUUGAGAGUGCAUUUUCAGCAUUUUUUGUGUACAGAUUAUUAAUCUCAAAGUGAGAACUAAUUUGUAAUACCUUUGUAUGAAAUGGCUGUACUUGAGCAGUAGUUGUACCAUUAUCUGACAGGUGAAAUGUGUUUACACUAGCUGCCAUGUUUACAGAUCUGUGAGGGUGGAAGAUGAUGUGGCCUGGUUCCUGUCUUUAAAAUGUUCUUACUACUGCUUUUAUAAAUUUAAGCACUUUGUUGAUAUUGAUGAGUCUUACUUCUAAACUGAAUUUUUGCCAUAGUGUUGCCUACAGGCUGUCUAAAUCACUCAUGAUUUUUUCAUGUGCACAUGUUUAAAUGUUUGCAUGUGAACCUUGCUUAAAACAAGCACUUUCUCUUCUUUCAUAUUCAUUUUAAAGAGAAAUACCAAGGCCUUCAUUUGUGACAUGGUAUGCAGACUAUAAUUGUACUAUCAUAUCUAAAAGGCAGUUGUCGGUGAAUGUAUCAUCCUCCUCUAGAGGCAACACUGUCUGUUAUAUCAGGUUUUUGCAUUUUACUGAGAUGCAUAACAGCAACACUGUACAUGUAGUUUAAUGGACAUAAUUAGUUGUUUAUUAUUAUUUUAACUAACCAUAGCACAUCUAUAGACUGAAUAUUAAUGUUUGCAAAAUAAACACAAAAACCCAGA